AUGUUUCAGGCGUUGCCUGGCGUCACUGAGGAACGCGAUAAACUCCAGCAAGAGCUCAACGAGGUGGAUCAGAAUACGGCGAACCUCCAGGCUAAUUUGAAGAAAGCUGAGGAGGAUAUAGAGCAGCUGAAGGAGGAAACAGCAGACCUGCCCAGCAUGCGCAAACGGAUUGAGGAGGUUGAUAAUGACGUAGUGGAGCAGAAGGCGGCACUUCAGAAGGCUCAGCAGGAGAAGGAUGAGAUCUCGGCUAAGCUUGCAAACUUGAAGAUGGAAGCGGACGCGGCUGAGGCUAGUGCUAGUAGUUUGAAUAAGCAGUUGGAGCAAACUCAGGCAUGGAUUGCCGAUUUGAGGAAGAAGUCGGCAGCGGCUUCAGAGGAGCUGAAUAAGACUACUAUGGAGUUGGAUGAAGUGAAGCAGGUUUUAUCGCAAGAGCAGCAAGGAAAGGAAACGGCACUGCAGAGUGGCAAGGAUGCGCAGACUGCAAUUGCGGAGAAGGAGGGGGAGACGGCAGCUGCUUUGGAGUCGACAAAGGAGGCCACAGCGGAGCGGGACGGGUUGAAGAAGCAAUUACAGGAUAUGAAGACGGAGAUAGGACAGAUUCAGAAGGAGAUAGGAGCUGAGCAGAAGGCGACAGCUCAGGCCCAGAGGAAUGGGGGGAAGAUAGCUGGGAAGGUGGAAUCGAUGCAAAAGAAUAUUGAUGUGGGUAUAGUAGUGUUGGCCCUUGUUGUUGGGUACAUUGAGGGCUGCUACUGCAAAGGACACGCGGAACAUGAUAAGACGAGAGCGGCGCUUGCUAGUACUACAGCGGAUAAGGAGGAUCAGCAGAGUAAGUUGGCGGAGGCUAAGGCGCAUGCGGACCAGGAGAAGAGGAAUCUUGAUCGGGAAGUAGCGGCGCAUAAGCAGACGAUGAAGGAGUACGAUAGGGUGAAGUCUAAGAACGAGGAAGAUGCGGCUAAGGCGGAGGCGAGGAAUGGGGAAAUAGCAGAAGCUCAGGACAAGGCUGAGCAGGCUGAACAGCAGUUGAAGACCAAGCAGGAUGAGAUAGCCGUGUUACGUGAUAGAAUUGAACAGAUGAAGAAUGAGAAGGAGGGGUUGCAGGCGGCGAUGAAGGACAUGAAGGCAGCAGCUGACAGAUUGGAAGCAUUGAUGACCCAGCGCAUAGCCGACAUAAAGUCAAUGCCUGUUGAUUCUGAUGGGAUGGUAGUGGGAGAGGGGGGUGUGAUUGUGAUUUAUGAUAUGGACAACACGUACACUACAGAGUAUUACAAGCUGCAGAGGGAGAGGGAUGAGGCAGCAGCUCAAGCACAGCAGUCGGCUUCAGGAAGCGCCUCUGGUCUCCGGUAUUCGGGCGGAGCGGUACGGUUCCAUCGUGGUGCCCUCCCAUAUCGUCAUGAUUUGUCAGGCGAGUGGUAUGAGUGGGAUAGGCGGAAAAUGGCAGUCAUCUUCAUCAUCAUCAAGUACAGCGAAGCCCUCUGUUUCGGCUAG